GCUUAUUCAACAAACCGGUCACCAGUACUAGUGAGGACUGGGUCUCUUGUGCCCAAGUUCACAUUUUUUUUUUUAUUUAUGAACAUUUGUCCUCUUUUCUUAUUCUAUGUCAGACAUAAGCACCAUUUCUUCCUUACUAUUUCCUAAGACACCGAGAGUUAGGAAGUAAUACAACUUACACUACGAUGACCCUUAACUACAAUAAGAACAACAACAACAAGGACUUGAUUGAAUCCCGAGUGGCUGACAAAUUUACUCAAAAAAACUAUGUACAGACAUCUUUUAAGCUCAGAUACCUGCACACACACAUCCCGCUCGUUCACCAAAGACACUUAAAAUAUCGUGAGUAACUACAAGAGCAGCAGUGAAGCAGGUCAAGCUUACGUGUUGCACCUCGACUUUCUUGACUCCUCCACCUCAGUCAUGUCUAGAUUGGUUCACAAAGGAAAGCCGUAAGUCCCUCCUCAUCAGACAUAACACCAGUGGCUUAAUUAUGGAGGUCGUGACUGCACAGAAUGAAUAAUCGGCCACGUUACCGAACAAUGGAGCUCUCACUACCACCCCGUGAACGCACUACCAGCACUAGCAGCCUAAUUGAUGAUGGAACAAAGAGAAGAUCUUCAUCUCGUGCCAUUAAGCGACCAAAAUUUGAUGAUGAAUUGGUAGAAUCCAGUCUUGGGGGACAAGGCUCCACCCCAAUUAGUAAAAUUCGAACACGUAAUCCAUCAUUGUCUACAGCAUCUGAUUGUUCAUUGUCUUUACCCCCAACCCCUUCUGUUACGUCAGAUGUUCGCAAACGCUUAUCAUCAAAGUCUUCCAGUAAAAGAGCUAGAAAAGGCAGGGGAUCACAGUCAAUUGUUACUAAAGAUUUAGGCAGGUGGAAACCCACAGAUGACUUGGGGCUGAUCAUUGGAGUGCAACAGACAUGUGAUUUGGUUACAGUGCAUAGAGGAGUGAAAUUUUCAUGCAAGUUUACCCUUGGAGAAGUUCAAGAAAGAUGGUAUGCUUUACUUUAUGACCCUACGGUGUCACGAAUUGCUCAGCAGGCCAUGAAAAAUCUGCAUCCUGACCAGAUACAGGCAGUGCAGUCUCGAGCACUAUACAGUAAGGCCGAAGAGGAGCUCCUGGGUGCCAUAAAGUCUAAUUCUAACCCAACGCUACAGACAUUUGAGCAACACCUUAAGGACAAUCCUCACGUGUUCUUCCCAUCUCGCACAGCAAAAAGUCUAAUGGCUCACUGGCAGUUGCUUAAGCAGUAUCAUCUCCUACCUGAUCAAAGUGUUCCACCUCUUAAUAAGAAUGGUCCAGUGAAGGAUUUCACAGAAGCUGAACAACAGAUUCAUGAUUCUGAGUUAUACGAGAGUAGCGAUGACCUCUUGGAGCACGAGCUUGGAGUGGCCAGUAGAGGAAGCAAACGCGAAAUUCGUCUUCUUGAAGAUCAAGUCUCCAAGUGGCAAGUUUUGGUUGAUACGGUCACAGGAAUUUCUCCACCUGAAUUUGACAACCAGACUCUUGCUGUUCUUCGUGGCCGACUAGUCAGAUAUCUGAUGCGCUCACGAGAGAUCACUUUGGGCCGAAAAGCUGCAGGUGUGAAUGUAGAUGUUGACCUAGCAUUGGAAGGGCCUGCAUGGAAGAUAUCCCGUAGACAAGGCAUCAUCAAACUUCGCAACACUGGCGACUUCCUGGUUGCAAAUGAAGGAAAGAGACCAAUAUAUGUUGAUGGGAAACCUGUUUUAGCUGGAAACAAAACCAAACUCAACAAUAAUUCAGUGAUAGAGAUAGCAUCACUCAGAUUCAUAUUUCUUAUUAAUCUUGAUCUUAUUAAUGUCAUUCGUCAGGAAACUGCCAAACUUAGUGGGCAUUAAUGUAUCCUUGUAUAAAAUGUAACUAAGUGUUCAAUUUCAUGUUUUGCAAAAUAUUUUAGGUUCUUUCUACAGUUAUAACUA